AUGAGUAUGUACAGUAGCGAUGAGCUCUUGGACGCUGGGAUAAUUUAUAGGAAUAAAAGAGAACAGCUAGACGUGACCAUAGGAGAUGGAAUGGAGUUACUGAUACGCGGGGAUAAGAAUAAAAAGAAAAAACCGCCGACGAGUAGCUCGUACAAUUCGUUCGGCAUGCACCAAAGCAGUACCGACGAGAACUGUUACUUAAAGGACAAAUAUGAAUACGACACAAGAAGUACAAAAUCCUAUGGUAGUCACGAGCACGAUCCUUACGAUAGCGAAAGUCAUAGAGGAAGUAAAAGAAGUUUACAUAACGCUGAAGAAAAAAAAGAUCCUAGUAAAGAGGACGUAGAAAUUGAUCCACAUGGCUUGGAAGGUAACGAUGGUAUCACUACAGAUGUACUCAACGAUGAAGAGUAUAAAGAACAAGGCCAGGUCGAAAUGGUUGAGGACGUUUUCGAAGAAGAAGAGUACCCAGAAGACUGUUUCCCACCGAACUGUUAUAAAAAGUUUCCAUUCCUAGCCGGCGACGAUGAAACGCCGUUUUGGCUGGGAUGGGGACAGCUCAGACUGAAAACAUUUCAACUUAUUGAGAAUAAGUAUUUCGAAACUGCUGUAAUCACUAUGAUUCUACUUAGCAGUCUUGCGCUGGCACUCGAAGACGUACACCUUCAGCAUCGACCAGUAUUACAAGAUAUUUUAUAUUACAUGGAUCGGAUAUUCACAGUCAUAUUCUUUUUGGAGAUGUUAAUCAAAUGGUUGGCACUGGGUUUUCGUAAUUAUUUUACAAACGCUUGGUGUUGGCUGGACUUCAUAAUCGUUAUGGUAUCCCUGAUAAAUUUUGUUGCUGCCUUGUUGGGAGCCAGUGGAAUCCAAGCUUUCAAAACUAUGCGAACUCUAAGAGCUUUGCGACCACUGCGAGCUAUGGCUAGAAUGCAGGGUAUGAGGGUGGUCGUAAACGCGCUUGUGCAGGCCAUACCGAGUAUUUUCAACGUGCUGCUGGUUUGCUUGAUAUUUUGGCUGAUAUUCGCCAUAAUGGGCGUGCAGCUUUUCGCCGGUAAAUAUUACAAGUGCGUUGAUCCCAAGACCGAUAAAAUGGUGAACCACGAAAUCAUACCCGACAAAAACGCCUGUAUAGCCGAGAAUUACACCUGGCAAAACUCCAAAAUGAAUUUCGAUCACGUGGGAAACGCGUACCUCUGUCUCUUUCAAGUGGCCACAUUUAACGGAUGGAUGGAAAUCAUGAGAGACGCCGUUGAUUCGAGAGAUUUGCACGGGAAACAACCGAUUCGUGAAAUAAAUAAUUACAUGUACUUCUAUUUUGUGUUCUUUAUCAUUUUCGGCUCGUUUUUUACUCUAAAUUUAUUUAUUGGUGUGAUUAUCGACAAUUUCAAUGAACAAAAAAAGAAAACAGGUGCGUCUCUUGAGAUGUUUAUGACAGAAGACCAAAAGAAAUACUACAACGCUAUGAAGAAAAUGAGUUCCAAAAAACCACUGAAAGCUAUUCCUAGACCUAGGUGGAAGCCACAAUCGAUCGUCUUCCAAAUCGUAACCGAUAAAAAAUUUGAUAUGCUUAUCAUGUUGUUCAUUGGCUUCAAUAUGUUGACAAUGACGCUCGACCACUACCAACAGACUAAAUUGUUCACGGACGUGCUUGAACUUCUCAACCAAAUAUUCAUUGCUAUAUUUUCUUCGGAAUGUCUACUAAAAAUAUUUGCAUUGCGGUAUUAUUAUUUCAAAGAACCGUGGAACUUAUUCGACUUUAUUGUGGUUAUACUUUCUUUAGCAGGUUUGGUGUUGAGCGAUUUAAUUUCCAAGUAUUUCGUGUCACCGACGUUGUUGCGAGUUGUCCGAGUAGCCAAAGUGGGCCGAGUAUUGCGUUUGGUUAAAGGAGCGAAAGGCAUCAGAACUCUACUGUUUGCUUUGGCCAUGUCGCUCCCUGCGCUGUUCAACAUAUGCUUGCUGCUGUUUCUCGUUAUGUUCAUAUUCGCCAUAUUUGGUAUGUCAUUUUUCAUGAAUGUGGACAGCCAUGGUGGCCUGGACCAGGAUUACAACUUCCGCACGUUCGGGCAGUCGAUGAUACUUCUGUUCAUGCUGUCAACAUCAUCCGGCUGGGACGCGGUACUGGAUGGCAUUACUAACGAAGAGAACUGCGAAAAGCCCAACUUGGAGAUGGGUAUCACCGGGAGCUGCGGAAGCACCACGGUGGGCACGGCGUUUUUACUGUCGUACCUGGUGAUCAACUUCCUGAUCGUGAUCAACAUGUACAUCGCGGUGAUCCUAGAGAACUAUUCGCAGGCAACCGAGGACGUGCAGGAGGGGCUGACGGACGAUGACUACGACAUGUAUUACGAGAUCUGGCAGCACUUUGACCCGGACGGCACGCGGUACAUCCGCUACGACCAGCUGUCCGACUUUCUGGACAUACUGGAGCCGCCGUUGAAGAUCCAUAAGCCGAACAAGUAUAAGAUUGUGUCCAUGGACAUACCGAUUUGCAAGGGUGACCUGAUCUACUGCGUUGACAUACUGGACGCGCUGACUAAGGAUUUUUUCGCGCGCAAGGGCAAUCCGAUCAUCGAGACUGUGGCCGAGAUCGGCGAGAUCCAGACGCGGCCGGAGGAGGCGGGAUACGAGCCCAUCAGCUCGACGCUGUGGCGCAUGCGCGAGGUGUACUGCGCGAUAAUCAUACAGAGCGCGUGGCGCAAGUUUGCGCGGGCUGCCAAGGAGCAGACGGCCGACGAGGACAGGAGCGACGGUGCUGCCUCACCGGACGGCCGCGAAACCGCGGUACUGGUCGAGAGUGACGGGUUCGUCACCAAGAACGGUCAUAAGGUGGUCAUCCACUCGAGGUCAUCGUCGAAAAGCUCAAGACUAGCCGACGUAUAAAAAAUCGACCACCACGUGGUGAUGCUACGCACACGUUUGUAUUUUGCGUAAGCAAUGUAUUUUGUACGAUAUUAUUAUUAUUGUUAUUAUUAUUAUUAUUAUAAGUAUUAUAAUUAUUAUAAUAAUAAUAAUUAUUAUUAUUAUUAUUAUUAUUAUUAUUAUUAUUAUUAUUAUUAUCAUCAUCAUCAUCAUCAUUGCGGUGAACUUUUAUUACGAUCGAAGCUUUAUACGUAUAACAUAAUUACGGUUACAUUGUUAUGUAUUUGAUUUUCACUCAAUACUAAUUUUAACACUCCUAUAUUAUAUACAACAUACCUAUUGAUUGCCAACUGCUGUGAUACAUAUAUUAUAUAUUAUAUAAAGUUUUAUAAUUUGUAGCGUAUAAGGUUUACAUGAGAGCUUAAAAAAAAAAAAACAAACAAAAUUAAUAAUAAUAAUUAAAUUAUUAAGUGUUAUAUUAUAGUAUUAUUAAUUGCGGGUUUGUUCAAAGAGGACUUGCAUUCAGUUUUUUUUAUACAUUUAUUUGAUUUUCACGCAUAGUGUUAUUUAGCCAGCAAUGAAGUUCAAUUACUCAGACAAAACUUCACGGAUUUUAUACACAAUAUUUUAAUGUAACUAUGAUUAUGUAUAUUUUUUUUAAAAUUUCAUAAAUUUU